CAUUCGCGGUCUGUCGCCAGCUCGAGAAGCUUUGGCUCGUUGUGAUACAGUGUGAAAGGAUACCUCGGCUUCACCCCCAAAUUGGAAAGGCACAACGCGUGCCAGGUGCUAAAUUUGUGAUCGAUUCGGUGGAGCAGCUGAAGAGGCAACAACAUGCGUGCUAUAAUGUUGAUAUCCUGUCUGGCGCUGCUCGUCUGUGUCCAGGCAGCGGUGCCAGGACCGGAAGCUCGUUCCGGUGGAAGCCCCAAGGACGAGCAGCUGGCUACAGCGAGCGUGGGAAUCCUGGACUCCGUGCUCCGAGGCAAGAGCCGCCAGUCGCGAUGCGUGAGGUGCUACGAGGAUCGGGAUCGAGAUCGGUACUACAGCGGAUACUCCAGUCGAACGGGCGACGAUGUGCGAGGUAGUGCCUGGUACUACUCCGGCUACGAUGAUCGCAGCAGGGAUCGGGACUACGAUCGCUACUACGACCGCUCCCGUUAUUACGAUGAUCGCUAUACUCCGAGGUCCUACGAUCGCUACGAGGGUCGUGGCUACGAUGACUAUAGAAGGGGUUCUGGUUAUGGAGGAUCCUACGAUCGGGAACGCGGAUAUGGAUACGACAACCGGGAUCGCUACUACAGUGGGGAUCGCUACAGCGAGGGCUCUUCCAGAGAUCGCUACUACGAUCGCUCGAGGACGGGCGGCUAUGAUCGCUACGAUCCGUACGAUCGCUACUAUUCCAGGUAUGAUUUUCGCAACUAUCGCCCUUGGGAUGAAACCUACAGGGGACAGUCCGGUUUCGAUAACUCCGGCCGGGGCUAUUACUUUGCCACCGACGAGGAUGAAAGCGAUAGGAAUCGGGGAUAUGGCUACACCUACUCCCGACCCUCCUCCUCAAUGAGUUCGCCCUGCGGACGCAUCUCCGGAAAUUGUCCCCAUGCCGGUGGCUUCAAGGUCACCUCACCUGCCAUUGGAAGCGACAGUUCGCGAGUGGGCGGCCACACCAAUGUCCUGGGCUCGGAUGGAGGUGCUGGCAGUUGGACUUAUUUGGGGGAUCAGGACAAGGUCGGAGGGAGCAGCAGCGGUAGCAGCGGAGGAAGCAGCAGCAGCAGCGGCAGCGGCAGUAGCAGCAGUAGCGGAUCAAGCGGCAGCGGCAGCGGCGGCAGUCGGGAGCGGGAACGGGAACGGGACAGGGAGCGGGAUGCACAGAGGCUUGCCCUCUUGUCGCCCCUUGUAGCUCUUCCUAUGGUGGCCGACCACGUCCUCUAGGCGUUAGCUAUCUGCUCGAACGGGACGCGGAUACUCCGUCGGAUGGCCCAGGAAACACGGCGAAUGCCGCCGGAAAUGGUGGAAGUAAUGGUGGUGGUGCUGCGGGUCAGAGCAUGCCCAUCCCAGCUGCCCAGACAGCUGCCGAGGGAAGUUCCGGCGCAGCUGAGCAGUAACUGGACAAGGACGCAGAAGCACAUCCAAAUCCGAAUCCAGGGACGGAUGCGGUGCAGGGACUGGGAGAGACACCCGCCCGGUGGGCGUGGCUGGGCUUUGUGUAACCUACCGUCCGUAUUUAUGUGUAAUUGUAAGCUAAGUCUCCAAAGAAACUAUUUAUGUGUGGCACAGCUUUGCUCAAAUAAACCAUUUUCAAAGA